GGUUUGACGUUAUCCGCUUUGAAAUGGCGUUGAGGCAGUUAAAGACGCUGUCUUUUUUUUUGUUAUUUUUAUGAUUUAGUUCACUUCAGCUUUUAAAUUUUUGCCCCAGAGCUAACAUCUGGGCCCAAUUUAUAUAUUUACGCCUUGUUUAGCAAUUGAACAAAAAUGCAUCGCAGAAAAGUAUAAAUAACUGACGUUGCAUAAUAAGGCCGCAACGGGCCCCGGAGUUGCAUAGAGAUUUGGGCCGCUUUCCGGUGCCAGGCCCUGCCGCAGAACUGCUGUCUGGUUUUGAGGGUUUUUUCUCCCGGCUUAAAAUGACUGUCAGAAACGGAGAUCUGGAAAUCAAGUGACAAAUUUGGACUCUCUUUGUAACCAUCACAUAAUCCAGUAGCUUUUACUGUUUUAUGUAUUUAUAAUUAUUCAAUUUGUGCAAUAAUUGCCUUUUUGCACGUACCAAACAGAUACUAAAUAUGGCAUCAGUGCCAGUGUAUUGUUUGUGUCGCCUGCCCUAUGAUGUGACACGCUUCAUGAUUGAAUGUGACAUCUGUCAAGACUGGUUUCAUGGAAGCUGUGUUGGCGUUGAAGAGGACAAGGCAGCUGAGAUUGACCAGUAUCACUGCCCCAACUGUCAGGUCACCCAUGGCCCCUCCGUCAUGCGCAAACGGCGUGGAGGCAAUAAGCAGACAGAUGGAAAUACAGGUACAGGAAGGGACCCCAGUAAGCCUGUAAAAACAGGGAGUCCACAGUUUGUCAGGGAGCUUCGUAGCAGAACAUUCCCUAAUGCUGACGAAAUCUUGCUGAAGCCAUCUGGGGCUCAGCUGACGGUUGACUUUCUGGAGGAGCAUUCUUUCAGUGUUCCUGUCAUGGUGUUGAGGCGGGAUGGCUUAGGGAUGACCCUUCCUCCAUCCUCGUUCAGCGUCACUGAUGUGGAGCACUACAUUGGUCCAGAUAAAGAGAUUGAUGUUAUUGAUGUGGCUCGUCAGUGUGAUCUGAAGAUGCGACUGGGAGAUUUUGUUGAAUAUUACAACAGCCCUAAUAGAGACAAAGUGCUCAAUGUGAUCAGCCUGGAAUUCUCUGAGACUAGGCUCUCAAAUUUGGUGGAGACUCCCAAGAUUGUGAGAAAACUUUCCUGGGUGGAAAAUCUCUGGCCUGAAGAGUCUGUUUUUGAACGACCAAAUGUGCAGAAGUACUGUCUAAUGGGGGUGAAGGACAGCUACACAGACUUUCACAUUGACUUUGGUGGAACUUCUGUAUGGUACCAUGUCCUUAGGGGCGAGAAAAUCUUUUAUCUGAUUUCUCCAACCCCAGCCAACCUGGCGCUGUUUGAGCGCUGGAGCUCCUCAUCUAACCAGAAUGAGAUGUUCUUUGGGGAUCAGGUUGAUAUGUGUUACAAGUGUUCUGUCAAGCAAGGAAACACACUGUUCAUACCCACAGGAUGGAUUCAUGCUGUGCUGACUCCAGUGGACUGCCUUGCUUUUGGAGGAAACUUUCUACACAGUCUAAACAUUGACAUGCAGCUGCGGGCGUAUGAAAUAGAGAAGAGAUUAAGCACUGCUGAAUUGUUCAAAUUCCCCAACUUUGAGACUGUAUGUUGGUAUGUGGGGAAACAUCUUCUUGAUAUCUUUAGAGGAUUGAGAGAAAAUCGCAGACAUCCUGCCAGUUAUCUUGUUCAUGGAGCUAAGGCCCUAAACAAUGCCUUCCGCACCUGGACCCGCAAAGAGGCCUUAGCGGAGCAUGAAAUGGAGAUACCAGAGACCAUCAAUACUCAGACAUUAAUAAAAGACCUGGCAAAGGAGAUUCGUCUGGUGGAGGAUAUAUUUCAGCAAAACAUUGGUCGCACAGGACCUCCGUUUCCUGGUGCUCCACUCUCUAAAGCACCGCUGAGCAUCGCUCAGAACUCUGGUCGCCCCCCUGGAAAAAAGAAAGGACCCAAGCCUAAGGAGGUGUUGGGGGUGUUUGGGCCCCCUGGAACCAAAAAGAAAAUCCAGAAAGGGCUCAUUAAGGCAGAAGUAGGAGAACUUGAGCUCAUUGAGAUCCACGCUAAACAUACCCUCAAGAAAUUUCAACCUGGCAAGUCGAAACAUAAGACAAAGCUGGAGCUGCCAUUAGAUGAGUUUGAAGGGAAGAUCAAUAAAAACAAGCUCAAACUUGUCUUGACCAAUGGAAAAAUUCAAGGUAAGAAAGAUGGUAGCAGUAAUGGUGCCGGAAGUGCUGGAAGCUACAAACACCUUGCCACAGAGGGAUCCAGUGUUUCUGACCUGGAGUCUGAGGAUGAGCUGCAGAUAGAUGAGACUCCUCCUCCGCGACGCAAGUCAACCGGACCGAACAAGAAAAGGAAACUAAGCGGUCUACCAAGGAAGUUGCCCAGAGCUAAACCUUGCUCUGACCCUAAUCGCAUCAGGGAGCCAGGAGAGGUAGACUUUGAUAUAGAGGAGGACUACACAACUGAUGAAGAGGCUUUGGCAGCUCAUGGAGUUAAAGGAGGUGCAGGAGGAAUCCUUGACUUGUUAAAAGCCAGCAAGCAAGUGGCAGGUUUAGAUUCUGCUGCGCUCAGUGAGGAAGCACCAGCCUCUCCCAGCACCCGAGAUGCCAUUCAGGGUAUGCUCUCCAUGGCAAACCCUCCUUCCUCAUGCUCUUCAUCCUCCUCUUCCUCUCCCUUAUCAAUCUCUGGAGGCCUGACAGAGGGAUUAGCAGCUGUCAAGGAAAAGGGUGGAAGAACAGUGUGGGUCACGGGGGGAAUCAAGAAGUCUGCAAAUCUUGAGAAAAAAGCGGUGAUUCAGCGGCCUGGUAAAAGGACAAUUAAAAGGCCAGCCCGUCACAUUAGUGAUGAAGACAGUCCAGAUGAGCAAGAAACACUGGGAACUUGUUUUAAAGACUCAGAUUAUGUUUACCCUUCCUUGGAGUCUGAUGAAGAAGAUCACAUCAGCAAGACGAAGAUGAAAAGGAAGAAAAAUUGGGAUGACACACCGUGGAGCCCUAAAGCAAGGGUGAUGCCCACGCUUCCUAAACAAGAUCGACCAGCCAGGGAAGGGGCUAGAGUUGCCUCUGUAGAAACCGGGCUUGCAGCGGCUGCUGCAAAGUUGGCACAACAAGAACAGCAAAAACCUGCUAAAAGGAAGUACACCAAAAAGCAGCGUCCUCCUGCUCCUGUUGUCAGUCCUCCCCCUGUCCAGGCUGAGACCAGCCCACCCUCCCCAACACCUGCUCCGGAGUCUGCAGCAGAUGACAGCCCAGACAGGAGGAUGGAUUAUUUCUCUGCCAGUCUGUUGGACCAUGAAUACACUGCUGGACCAGGACCUUUUGGCCCUGGAGGACCAAGGGGUAGUGGUGCCAUGGCCCCCGGUGUAUUCCUCUCUUCGCGACGACCUUCCAUGUCACCUCAAAACAGCAGCUCUCAUGCUGGUUUAUCUCCUGCAGGUUUAGCAAGCCAGGGGAUAACAGGAAUCGGUCAAGGUAAGCGGCCAAAGAAGGGUCUUGCAACUGCAAAACAAAGACUCGGAAAAAUCCUAAAAAUUCACCGCAACGGAAAACUUCUCUUGUAAGAGAUGUAAGGUUGCAGUUGAUGACAUUAAAAAUAAAAGAGGAGGCCUCUGGAUUUGGUCUGAAGAAACAAGAGAUUGUUAUCUAUAUAGUUUGUACUUUUGUUCAGCUGUUUUCGUUAGUGUUCAGCUUUCAACAUAUCUUGUUCUUCACAAAGUUUCUGCCAGACUCUACUUACCGGUAUCUGCAUCAAAAUAUUAUCAGAGGCACAUUUGACUUCAAGUGGAAUCACUGUAGUGUGCUGGAAGCACUCUUUGUGUGGUCAUUUAUUUUGUUGCCACAUAUUUGUUAUUAACAAUAGGACAUUUUUUUUUAUUUGAUGCGAUUAGGCAAGACUUUUAAAAGGGAAAAUGCUCAUAUAGACUCAGUAGUUAAUAGUUGUCUAUAGCUGUUUUAUCCCUGAUAAAUAUUUUACUCUGAAACCCGCAGGUGUGCUAAACCUCCCAUUGCAGACGGUAUACUACAUAUUCAAAUUUCUAAAGCUCUUAAAAUUAUCAAAAUAAUUCUCAACCCAACUAAAUUCAAUGACAACCAUCAUUUAAUUUUAUUUAUUCUUAUAUUUAUUUACCAAGGCAGAACUUAUUAGCCUGUUUUAAUGUAGCAUGUUUUUGUCACUGUUUUGAUCAGGAAGGUUCAUUUUAAAUAUUUCAAAACAUGUUGGGGGGGGUCUUUCCACCGCUAAUUUAGAUUUUAUUUUUUCUUUAGAUUUUAAUUUGACAAUGUAAAUAUUUGUAUUAUUUGUAAUUUAUAUAGUAAAAUAAAAAAAGAAAAGGAAAAAAAGAGUAGUUCCCUGCAUGUUGCCGUAAUUUGAUCACAAAGUUUUGGCAGCUCUCUUUGGUCAGAUUUAGAAACAUUUUCACAGAAUGUAUUUGUCAGAAGGUGUUGGAGGUGUAGAUUUAAGAGUAAAAAUAUUGUGAAGGUGCAGGAUAUGAAUAAUAUGUAAAUAUAUGUUGUAAUUUAAGUUCUUUUGUAGUUCAAAAACUCUCAUUUUUAAUAACUUGUACAUGAUACAUUUUCGGGUAAACAUAAUAGUUCUUUUUUAUAUUUGUAUGCAUUAACUGUCAUUAUGUUCAUGUUGUCUUGUUAGUGCAAUGUUAGAUUUGUGCUUAAAUAGAUGCUCUUGAUAAAUUUUAUCCAUUUAGUUUUAUAUGGUUUAUAUUCCCUUCUGAGUGUUCUGUGUCUCCUAUUUUUUUUCAUUAAGUGUUUUGCUAUAACCUGGAAGAGUUCAAAGUUCAUUUGAAGAAAACCUUUUUAUAGAAAAAGAAGUUAGAUUUAUUCGGCAAGUUGAUGUUUUAUUUUGCUCAUCAUACUUCAACCUUCUGAAAAUUUCAUUUUUUCUGACAUUUGGAAAAGAAAGGGGAUUUAGGUAUUUUUCUGCUAUACACAAUGAAUAUUUUGUUGUAAUAAACACAUUACU